AUGGAUGAAAAAAUAUAUAUACUAAACGCUCGGCCUUCAGUCUCACCGGGGCCGACUCCUCUAACAUGUCUCUGGGUGCCGGGCCUCUGUGGUGGUCCUGAUGCCCCUGGGGACUCCAGGGGCACGCCGCCACUGCGGCUCACUUUCCGCACUGCUCACCAACCUUGGGAGGCUGUUCUACGGGGUAGGACCCUCUUCGUUGCUCUGCCGAACUUGAUGCAGCCUGACGGUUCAAGGGAAGCUCUGGUUGGGGUGUUGGAAGCUGCUGAGGAGAAGCUCAACUGUCAACAUGUUGUUGUGGUCAUUCCAGCUAAUAGACCCGACAAAUCCUCGAUUGUGAAGACAUUCAAGUUCUUGGGAUUUGAGCUUUUAUCUCCAACAUCACCGAUCGUUCCUGCGGAUCUGGCUUCUGAAAAUGUUUGCAUGCUUUAUGAAGUCGAGUAAUUUACCCCCAGCGCAGCCUCGGAUCUUUCAUUUUUGUCUAUUAAUAUAUAGGGUAUAAUUUUAAUUUAGGUGUUUUAUCUUUAAGCAUUUAGAUGGAUUUUAUUAUUAGUAUUUCAUCAUUAUAAACCUUAAUGUUAAAGGCAUGACAAUGGGAUUAUGGUCUAAAAAACCUCGUCUUAUUUUCAUGCUUGUAGUUUUUUGAUUUUAAUAUGUUUUUAGUACUUAGUAUAUGGAUAAAAAUGGAAGAAUAGUAGUUAACUUUUAGUAGUGCGGAAAAAGUAAUUAAGACCCCUUUAAAACCGAAAAAUAAAAAAAAACCUUUGAAUUUUAUUUUGUAAGCUUUAUUGUAUCGUUCAUUUAACUGUAAUUCUUUGUAUCUAUCAUUAAUAUUUUAGAGAUCACAUAACUAUUUUUUUGGCAUUGACACUUUUCAUAUUUGGAAUUCAAAAAUUAAAUUUUGUAGGUUAUAAAAUAAAUUUAAUUCUAAGGA